AGUUGCAAUUCGCAAAUGGCAUAGCAGUUCUUGUUUCUCAUUCUUGUUCUCUCUGCUUGCCAUUUUCACUUGCUAUCUCCAAAUUCCAGCACAAUGUACAAUACGACCAUAUUGGUCGGUUUCGUGAAACAAAUUAGCCAAGCCCAUCUCGAAUACGGUACGUACGAUGUUGCAUUGGAUAGGCCGUUCCGAUUCUCACCUGCAUGGAGAACAAUGUGCAUGCUGGCUGCGUUUUUGGUUCACUCAAUCCAAAUGUCCCAACCAACUCGUGCACACGAAGAAGAAACCCCUGUUCUUAUAUGCCUGGUCUCUCUAUCCCUUCCCCUCCUGGUUCUUGCACGAACAACGUCCAAAUCCAACGGUGCUCAGCCGCUGAUCCAACUCCAACAAUAUGGUGCAAGAAACGGGCGCGGUUGAGCUGCGCAUCAGGCAGCAAGGGGAGGCGUCGCUGGUGCCGCCGGCAGAGGAGACGCCGAAGGGCCUCUACUACCUCUCCAAUCUGGACCAGAACAUCGCCGUCAUCGUGCAGACCGUGUACUGCUUCAAGGCCGACGACGGCGAGGGCAGCGGCAGCGCCUGCGACGUGCUGAGGGAGUCCCUGGCCAAGGUGCUCGUCCCUUGCUACCCGCUCGCCGGACGGCUGACGAUCAGCGGCGAGGGGAAGCUAGUCGUGGACUGCACAGGUGAAGGCGCCGUGUUCGUGGAGGCCGAGGCGGACUGCGCCAUGGCGGACAUCGGCGACAUCACCGAGCCGGACCCAUCGGUGCUCGGCAAGCUCGUGUACAGCGUCCCUGGCGCCAAGAACAUACUCGAGAUGCCUCUCCUUGCUGCUCAGGUGACCAAGUUCAAGUGUGGCGGUUUCGUGCUGGGCCUGGCCAUCAACCACUGCAUGUUCGACGGUGUCGGCGCCAUGCAGUUCGUCAACUCGUGGGGCGAGACGGCGCGCGGCCUCCCGCUCUCGCUCCCGCCUGCCCUCGACCGCGCCGUCCUCCGCGCGCGAGAUCCCCCACAGGUUGCCUUCCCACACAAUGAGUUCGCUCAGAUCGCCGACGAUGACAAUGAGGACUCCCCGCCGAACGAAGGAGAGCCGCUCCUGCACCGCUCGUUCCGAUUCACGCCGGCGUCCAUCGCGCGCGUCAAGGCGCUCGUCACGCUGGAGGGCCGCGCGUGCACGACGUUCGAGGCGCUGGCCGGGUUCGUGUGGAGCGCCCGCACGAGGGCGCUGGGGAUGGGCCCCGCGCGGCAGAGCAAGCUCCUGUUCGCUGUGGACGGGCGGCCGAGAUUCUCGCCGCCGCUGCCCGCGGGGUACUUCGGCAACGCCAUCGUGCUCACCAGCGCGGCGUGCGCGGCGGGGGAGCUGGCGGCGUCGCUGCCGCGGGCCGUGCGGCUGGUGCGCGGCGCCGUGGAGGCGGUGACGGACGCGUACAUGCGGUCGGCGGUGGACUACUUCGAGGCGACGCGGGCGCGGCCGUCGCUGGCGUCGACGCUUCUGAUCACGGCGUGGUCGCGGCUGCCGUUCGGCGCGGCCGACUUCGGGUGGGGCCCGCCCGCGGCGUACGGCCCCGCGGCGCUCCCUGAGAAGGAGGUGGCGCUGUUCCUGUCGUGCGGGGAGGGCGGGGGCGUACGCGUGCUGCUGGGACUGCCGGCCGCGGCCAUGGCCGAGUUCGAGCGGCUCGUGGAGGAGGUGAUGGCGUCCUGAACAACUACAUGACGGAUCCGCAUGCGUGCACGGUAAAUUGGCAAUGGCAUCAAGCGAGAGGACAGGAGCAAGCUCGCUCCGCAACUGAAUUAAAUUUGUGUGAUCGACUACUAUUCAUGUGUUUCUUGUUCUUGAUCUUUGUAGCAUCAACAAGCUACUGGAUUAUUACCUGCA